AUGCUUGCUUCACGAGUCACUUCUCUGAGUGAGAGCGCGCUCAACACUCUCAACGCCAUCAAUGCUGCCGACGGUGAUAUCACAUGGCCACUGCAGGGAUUGAGGAUAAACGAGGACGAUGACCAGCUGGUGAUUGGAAUCGACUUUGGCACAACUUUUUCAGGUGUCGCCUGGGCCACACCCGAGCACUUUGAAGCUGACCAAAUUAAUCUGAUUAAUGCAUGGCCCGGCACCGGUCGAGAAGAAGGGAAAGCACCGACAGAACUUCUCUAUGACGAUGAAAAGAUAAUGUGGGGAUACAAUAUCCCAGGUGGCGCCGAUACCGUUCGUGGAUUCAAGCUACUUUUGCUUCACGACGAAGACCUUACCGAUGAUGUCAAGACCUCAGAAUUCUUCCUGCGAGCGAAGAAGAUGCUGAGAGAUACCGGAAAGACACCCGUUGGUUUGAUUGCAGAUUAUCUUCGCGCACUUUGGCAACAUACUAUGGAUACCAUCAACAAGGCCCUGGGGGAUUCUGUUAUGGAUGGACUCCGAUUUCAUGUUGUGAUAACUGUUCCGGCAAUUUGGAAAGCGUACGCAAGGCAGAGUAUGCAAGAUGCUGCGAAGAGGGCCGGAAUAUUGAAAGCCAGAAAAGCGGGCGGGACGACGCUGAGUUUUAUUCCUGAGCCGGAGGCCGCGGCGCUCUCUACACUUUGUGAGCGUGGUAGGAGGAUAAAGAAAGGGGAUGUUUAUGUGAUAUGUGAUGCUGGGGGAGGGACCGUGGACCUGAUCAGUUACGAGGUAAAAGACACCAAUCCUAUUGCAAUGCGUGAGGCAGUAGAAGGGAGGGGUGGAUUAUGUGGUGGGUUGCUCAUUGACGAAGCGUUCGAGACUAUGUGCAAACGACGGCUUGGACGGCGAUGGGACAACCUCAGUAAGAAGGGGAUCAAUGAUUUGAUGAGAGGCGAGUGGGAACAAUACAUCAAGCCUCAGUUCAAGCCUGGUUCUACCCCCGGAGAUUGGAUUGUUGGUAUCCCGGCAGAGGCGUUUGAGAGGUCAAAACUCGACGAUUUGAGCAGACAACCAUACAUCAAACAAGGCAGGAUCCAUUUUCGAGACUGCGAUAUUGAGCAAGCCUUUACCAGUUCGCUUGCAGGCAUCGACGCGUCAAGACGUACGGCCAUCUGCCGAGGAGCCAUCUACAAGGGGUUCCUACACCUAUCUGAGUCGAACCCCAACAACCAAAACGGUUACGACUACAAGAGCAUCAAAGUGGUCUCUACAAUCUCCCGCAUCAGCAUUGGAAAGAUGUACUGGACCGAUUUCGACGAGUCAAAACAUCUAGAAGAGGACCGUAAAUGGGACUCUGAUCAAGAGAAGUGGAGGGCGGACCACCAGAUGCACUGGUUCAUUCGCAAGGUCAGACUCUCCAGCACCUCCGUGCUGAUUUUGCAGGGCGACGAUGUCUCCACCAAGCACCGCGUCAGCCAUGGCUACCAUAAGAUCGUAGAACGGGACUUUGACGGCUUCUUCCGGGUGCGGAUCUACCAGUGUGAGGCUGAUGAUCCUCCCACACGGAGGGACUCGAGCGUGAAGCUCCUAUGCACAAUCAAUUGCUCGUUGGAUGUGCAGACGUCGGAACUGAAGACGUUCAGAUGUUCCGACGGGACUAAGAAGAAGGAGCUAUACUAUAAGCUUGAGAUGGUACCGUCUGGCGCGGCAGCCGAGUGUACGGUCUACAUUGAUGGAAGAAAACAAGGCAGUCAGCAUGUGGAAAUCCAGUUCCAAUAG